CUGAGGCCACAGCUCAAGUACUGCCUUCUGCAGACCUUACUGGCCCUCUCAGUUCAGAAAGGGCACUGAGGUGCUGCAGUGUUCCAGAGCAAAAGCUUGUGAAAGGUCUAGGAAACUUGACUCAUAGGAAUGGGUGAGGGUCCUGGGAUUGUUUUGUCUCAAGAAGAGGAUGCUCAUGGGGCAUCUCAUCGUCCUCUACAACUGCCUGAAAGGAGAUUGCUGUGAAGUGGGGACUGGUCUCUUCUGUGGCUACAGAGGACAAAAGGAAAUGGUCUAAAGCUGAGACAGGAGAGUCAGAUCAGGUAUUAGAAACAUUUUCACUGUUAGAGUGGUCAGACACUGGACUAGGUUGCCCAGGAAUGUGGUGGAGUCACCAACCCAGAGGUGUUUAAGAGGCAUCAGAAUGUGGUGCUGGGUGAUGUGAUUUAGUGGUUGAGGGGUCACAGUGGUAGUGCUGGGUGGAUGGUUGGACUUGAUCUCAAAGGUCUCUUCCAAUCCUGAUGAUUCUGUGAGUGUGUGGGUUUGUGCCCACCAGCAAUAUGCAAUGGCACUGGAUGAGUGGUGCUAUAGUACUGGCAACCAAGCAAUGGCAUCACCGCAAAAGUACAUCCUCUGGAUGUUACAGCAUUAGGCUAUUAGUCACUGAGAACUAAGCACAUGCAGAAUAAGGAAGAGGUAAGGGUAAGCUUGUCCUCAGGACCUUAACAGAAAACUAUGGUUUAUACCUUGUGGGAAAGGGGGAACAUGGACUUUAAUUCUUAUGUAACUCCCUGGCUUGGGAGGGCUAGAAUGUUGUGUCUGUCAUGAUCCUAAAGAAAAACCACUGAAAGACUCUGCUCCACUCUAGUGAGAUCCCAUCCAGAGAUCCUCAGUACAGGAAAGAUAUAAACCCAUUGGAGCAGGUCCAGAGGGCGGCCAAGAAAAUGCUGAGAGGGAUGAAGGCUUCUCUUACUAAGAAAGGCUGAGAGAGUUGGGGUUGUUCAGCCUGAAGAAGGUUUUGAGAAGACCUUAUUGUGGUCUUUCAAUACUUAAAGGAGGCUGUUAAGAAAGCUAGAGACAGACUUUUUAGUAGGGCUUAUAGUUAUAAGACAAAGGGCUUAUAGUUAUAAAACAAAUGGUUUUAAAUGAAAAGAGGGUAGCUUUAGACUAGAUAUAAAGAAAAAAAAUUCUGCUACCAAGCUGGUGAAGCACUGUAACAGGCUGCCCAGAGUGGUGGCAGAUGCCCCAUCCCUGGAAACACUGAAGGUCACAUUGGACUGGGCUCUGGGCAAUCUGAUACGGUUGAAAACAUCCCUGCUCAUUGCAAGUAGAUUGGGCUAGGUGAUCCUUAAAAGCUCCUUCCAACCCAAACUAUUCCCUGAUUCUCUGAUGCUCUGAUUCUCUGAUUCUCUGACCUGGUUGGGCUCUCUUGGCCAUUGAGUCUAUGUAAGCAGUGCCCUGCAGAGAACUGUGAAUCCUGUGUGUGUAGCUAAUCCCAGCUAUUCUGGUCCCAGUGUCUAGCAUUACGAGUGGAUGUAGGGGAUGUCAGGGAGCAGCACGCUGCAGAGGGAGCACUGCACCUCUGUAGUCUGCCUGUGGCUUUUGGGACAGGCACAUAGUGCUGCUGUGUAAUGACACUAGCUGCAUGGAGAAAAUAGAAGUGGAGAGCACAUUAAUUGCAAGCUGGUUUUGUUCAAUUCACAGGGUCAGGUGCUAUCACCUGAUUUGUACAAGUUUGUGCCUGUGACACGUCCUUGCCUGAAACUCAAACUAAUGGAUCCUGAGUACUGAGUGACUCUAAGAUUUGCAUUUGGAAUGCUAAGUGGAAAUAAAUUUUUUACUGAAAUGCUUCCAGCUUUAAGAGUGUCAGACAAAGCUCUGGAGAGACAGGAGGUGUGCUAUUUUGAGCCACGUUCCGGUGAGAGAUCCAUCAUGUAUGCGGGGGGGCACAGAGGGUGAGAUUGACAUGACACGUGUGUAGGACAACUCUGGCCCCUUACCAAGGGCAGAAUCAAAUGUCUAAUCAUAGGCAGAGCAGCAGCUGAGAGUUCAGAAGAGCAGUGAAGGUUGGGCUUGACAGUCUCAACUCGUGUGUGUGUGUGAGAACUUCAAGGAGAAAGUGAGCAGAGGGCCUUGUGGGGACUGGAGAGUGGUGGUGUGAAUUGUGAAUAUGGGAAUAGAAGAUUCUGCCUGUUAAGAACUGGAGUCUGUACUGAAGUUGUGAAGACAAAAUAUCUAAAGCACAGAAUCAUGGGAGCUGAAGAAGAAAUGCUCAUCACUCUGUCUGGAGGUGCCCCCUGGGGCUUCCGCCUGCAAGGGGGUUCAGAGCAGAAAAGACCCCUUCAAGUAUCAAAGAUUCGAAAGAGAAGCAAAGCGUGCCGUGGAGGCCUGUGGGAAAAUGAUGUUCUAGUAUCUAUCAAUGGGAAGUCAUGUGCUGGCCUGUCCCAUGCUAAUGCCAUGCAGAUCAUCGAUUCCUCCAAUGGCAUGCUCAACAUCCGUGUGAAAAGGAUAGUUGGUGGGGACCAGACUGGCCCGUGGCUCCAGCGUUCCCCUUCUCCAGGGCAGCGAGUGCUCUCUCCACCAUCUGCGCCCACCCCCUCAGCACAGUUACUCAGCUCUGAACCAGCAGGAGCCCCAGCCACCACCACACAGCCCUCACAGGCAUGGAGGUCACAGAGGCACCUGGAGAGCCUCACGUCCCCACCGGACAGCGAGGCCUACUACGGCGAGACAGACAGCGAUGCUGACAAUGUGGCGCAGGAGAAGCACCGCCGCGCUCGCAGGAAGAGCCCACGCUCCCCACCUGACAGCACCACCGGCCGGGCGGAUGCACCUCAGGACGAGGUGUCCCUGUCUGAACAGAGUGGCUACGAGAGCAUGCCGGAGGCUGCUGCGCAGGGAGGGGCAGAGCUGGCCAGCUCCAGCGGGGUGGCCAAGAGGGAGAUUGUCUGCCUGCCUGGCAGUCGCACAGACACUCCGUUCUCAGACAGCGAGGGACAGCUGCGGCCGCCAUCAGCAGAGGGACGGGAGCCUUCUCCAGAGGCAAUGCUCCUGCCCCACGCCACCAAGGCUAUCCGAGCGGAACGCCAUCUCAUCCCCAUGGUGGGGCCAGUGGAACAUCCCAUUGACGAAGACCUAACCACCACUUAUACAGAGAAAGCCAAGCAGGCCAAGCUCCACCGCCACGAAAGCAUCCAGGAGAAGAAUGUGAAAGAAGCCAAAACCAAGUGCAGAACCAUUGCAUCCCUGCUGACAGAUGCACCCAACCCCCACUCCAAAGGGGUGCUGAUGUUUAAGAAACGCAGGCAGAGGGCUAAGAAGUAUACAUUGGUAAGCUUUGGCAGUGUUGAUGAAGACCGCUCCUACGAGGAGGAAGACGGAGUUUUUCCAACUAGUGAGUCUGAAUUUGAUGAGGAAGGUUUCUCUGAUGCCCGAAGCCUAACUAAUCACUCAGACUGGGACAACACUUACCUAGACAUUGAAAAAUCCAAAUCUGACUCUGAACAGAAGGAAGAGAAGCAAAAAGGUUUGAGUGAGGCCUCAGGUAAAGGAGCACGAUUAUUUGAGCAGCAGAGGGAACGGGCUGGGAAGUACACAGUUGAGAAAACUCCAGUGCAGAAGAGCCCAGAGCUUGCCCCAGCUGCCCAGCCAAAGCAGGGCACAGUGAACGGAGAUAUGCCUGUGCCAGAGAAGGCAGACAAUGUGCCCCUCAGCAUCCACCUGGAAGCUGUGCAAGUGCCCAGCAAGCAGCCAGCUACUGUCCCCACUCAGCUUCUGACUGCCCCCAGCCCCACUUUCUUCCCUCCUCCCCCAAGCACCCCUGACCCCUUCACUGCAAGUUCAACAAGCAUGUUCAACAGGUCUGCAAGGCCCUUUACUCCUGGCUUUUCUGGCCAGCGUCCAGCAACAUCCUCUGUCAUCUUUAGGCCACCUGCACCCAAAAAACCCACUGAAAAUCUGGGUGGGCAAAGCACAGUGGUUCCUCCUUUCUCACCUCUGGUCCCAGGAACACCGGCCAAUGCACCAGUGCCAACACAGCGUGGUCCAGUCAGCUCCUCCACAUCUCUGUAUAUUCCUGCACCAGGAAGACCAACAUCACCACUGGAGUCACAGCCAAAAGUGGGAGGAGGCGCUUCAGAGGUCAAGCCUUCUGCCAACACUGCCCGGACAUCCACCACCUCUAUCUUUCUGUCAGCUCCCUCAAAGCCAGGAGGGGAUAUGGCCUCCGCAGCAUCCCAGCCACGAGUCCCUGGAACAGCCUCUUCUUCAUUGUAUAUUAGUCCAGCACCGUCACAGCACAUGAGAAGCAGUUCCCCUGUGCCAAAACAGCCUUCUCCUGCCAUCACUCCAGCAAUGCCACGACCUCCUUCAGAGCCCUUAACCUCCAGGGAGCAGAGGAUUGCUGUGCCAGCUCCCCGCACAGGCAUCCUGCAGGAGGCUCGCCGACGGGGCAACAAAAAACCCAUGUUCAGUAAGAUUGAGGAGAAGAAGAAGAAUUCACCCAACCCUGAGCUCCUGUCUCUGGUGCAGAACCUGGAUGAGAAGCCAAAGGGUGACCACCCUGCGGCAGGCUUUGAGUCUGGGCCUGAGGAGGACUUCCUCAGCCUGGGUGCUGAAGCCUGCAACUUCAUGCAGUCCUCAGGCCGCAAGUUCAAGACCCCACCUCCAGUGGCCCCCAAGCCUCAGCAAGAUGCUGGAUUGGUAAAUGGGGCCCAGGACAUGCCUCAGCUUAAAGGCAAGGGGGCAGAGCUCUUUGCCAAACGCCAGAGCCGCAUGGACAAAUUUGUGGUAGAAACAACACCGAAGCCAGACUACAAGCCCAGGACCCCCUCUCCAUCCCCUUCUCUACCCUCAUGCUGGAAAUAUUCACCCAACAUCCGAGCUCCCCCUCCCAUAGCUUACAACCCAAUGCAUUCCCCUUUCUAUCCCCUGGCAGCCAGCAAAUCUCAGGCUAGCAAAGCAGAGAGCAAAGUGAAAAAGGCACCUGGCCAGAAAUCGGGGAUCAAGGUCAUUGAUUUAAUGCGCCACCAGCCCUAUCAAUUGAAGUCAGCCAUGUUCUGUUUUGGGGAUCCCCCCAGCCCCAGCACUCAGAAUACUCCUGGUCAGCCAACCCCACAGGCUAGCUCAUCCUUCAUGGCAGCCAAGCAGGUCCCUGUGAAAAUAGCCAAGACCCAGGAGAUUCGUCGCUUCUCCACUCCGGCUCCUAUGCCAGCCUCCAGCAGCCUGGCACCCACUGUGCUUGUGCCCCGCUCAGCCACCACGCUGGAUGAGCCAUUGUGGAGAACAGAAAUGGCUUCUUCUGCCCCUGCUACACCAGCACCCUUCCAGGUGGAGCUCAGCCCCUCCCCUAAGCCAUAUCAGAGCUCCCCAGAGCCUGGACAGGUGGGACAGGGACCUCCUCCAAACUCAGCCUCUGCCUCUCGGUUUCAGGUGGCCAGGCCCAAAUUCUCUGCAGCAAGAACAGGCAUGCAGGCCAAUGUGUGGAGGCCAAGUUUUGGCCAUCACUGAGGCAGGCACCCCUCCCAUCCUGUCUGUGGCCCCGCAGAGAUAGUGCUUGUUUUGUCUUUCAUGUCAGCUCAGUACAUUGGGAUGAGUGACACAAAACGGAGAAAAAAAAACUUAAAAAAAUUACUGCCCUUCUGCACCACUCCCUUCCCCAGCCUCCCCUUGGUCUCAGAUGGGAUGCUUCAUGGAAAGGCUUACUGGCUGUGGCUACAGUAGGAGGAAGAAUGUGGAGAGAGGGCACGUGUGUGGUACACAAAGACUGGGAACUCGUACACAGCAGCAAAACCCACCUCCAGAGGGGGUGAAUGGCAGAAAUUAUCUCACAUGGAGACACACAUGAAGCAGUAGUUUUCCUUUCCCAAGGAGUCACCCCUGCAUGGAAGGAAAGUAGGAGGCAAGAGCUUUCCAGGAAGAAAGGGUGAGAGGUGGGAUUACAGAGCAGAAGCCCCAGCUUUCCCUGAGACUGUUCUUCUCUGAUCCUCCCAGUCUGUACACAUUCACUUGUGUGUGCACAUAGCAACACUCAGCAGGGAGUGAAAGGACAAGUGGGGCCUCACCUGCGACAUUUCUCCCAGAAUUCCCUCAUGGGAAAGAAGGCAAGAGAGCAGAGUGAGCAGUGGUGUUUGCCCAUGAACAUGUGGGCAGUGUGGCCUGUGCCUGAGAGUGCCCAUGUGUGCCUGUUCCUCCAGUCACCGGGGCUGGGAGUAAAAAGGAGAAUCAUCCUAGCUGGUCAUAAUCAUCACUGUCAGGUCUGGAAAUAGUUUGCCAAAGAGAGGCUUUGAGGGGACCUGAUGGGGCUAUCACCAGCUGCAGGAACUGCAGAAAGAAGUAUCCAUUUUUGAGGAUACACAAAGUCAAAGUUAAGCUCAGGGCAGUGUCUGGUUGGCACAAAGAAAGGCCCUGCAGCAUCAGUCCCACUGACUAGGAUAUGGAUGCUGUAAGUAGAAAGGUGGAUUGCAUGGGAGGAGGUACAGUUGGCUUUAAAAUGAGGCAGGACUGAAUAUGCAUUUGUUCAUGAUCUUUUUAUUUAGUUUAGGACAGAAAUGGGGCUAGAUUAGAAAUGGGUCAUGACAUAAAACUUACUGAAAGCUUUGUGAUGAGGGGAAAACAGAGGGCUUUUACAGACAUUCUCAGCAUGGAAGUGGAGGUCGGGAAAACAGAAAGUCACAAGUAAAACUUCAUACAAAAUGACUUAGGUGUUAUUGUGGGGCCUAUUUGGUAAAAACUGAAGUGCUCUGAGAAUCCCAGAGGAUCUGCACUCAUACACAUAUAUGGAGUUCAGUUUGCUGGUGAUGCUGGGGAAACAGUACUGGUUAUUCCUUGAAUGUCCCGGGCUAGCCUCCAACUUAAUCUCUACACUACAGGCAUACAGGAAGAAAGCACUGCCUUCCCAAGGAAGAAUUCAGCAUUUCAGUAGGGACUGUGCAUGUGUAUGUGCAUGUCAUCUAUACUCUGGUUUACACACCCCAGCCAUUCACUUUCUGCUUGUGAUCCUCCUUUGCCAGCAGCCACUUUUCCAGUGUGAUCCCACAAGUACACCAAGAAAACAUUACUGCUGUAGCACUGGCUCCAAACACAGCAGAUGCCCCAGCUGCAGGGAAGCACCUCUUUCUGGGUCAGGGUUGCCUAGGCUUUUGCAAAACCCAGAGCAAUGUGUACAGGAGGCAGAAUGAGAGUCUCAAAGCCCUGUCUCCCUUGAGACAAGUCUCCCUCUCAUUAGACUUGCACCUCUGCUUCAAGCAGUAGCCAUUCUCUGACUGGACUGAGCACAAACUUUGGAAAGUGUAGGUUCAGGGGAAAAAAAAAAAGGAAUGCAAGUGGGUCUGAAACCAUCUGUAUGCAGGGCAGCUAGUGUUGUUUCAUACUAAAUCUAAGCCAACCUUCCUCUGCACAGCAAGAGCUUAUGAUGUGUAGCUUUGUCAUGAUAGCUGGGGCUCUACUUUUUCUUGGAGACCUGAAAGUCUUUCUCUGUGAGCAGCUGGAGAUUUUUCAUGUGUACUCUCAUAUGAAGAAAAAGAAGGCUGGAAAACCUAGCCAGCACCUCUGAUCCUGGACAAGCUUGGAAGGGAGAGAAUGAGAGAAAAGGAGAAGUAAUUCACAAUUCUGCCUUGAAAUCCUUCACACUCUGGCUGGACUUUUUUGCACACCUGUGUUUGCAGUGCACAUUCC